ACACCGGAAGGGGCCGCGGCUGCUGCGGGAAGUGGCCGGAGUAGGAGGCGGGGACCCUGCGGGCAGAGCUGCGGAUCCGCUUCUCCGCCCUCCGGACGAGGACGAGGACGCGGACGCGACGCCGCCGAGCUCCUCAGAUCGAGGCGAGGAAAAGAAGAGUUCGUAGACGUGCGGCCGCUGGCGCGCUGACGGAGCCCGCGGGGACGGUGGCGGAGGUACUACCUCAUUUGGAAAGUUCUGGAAAACAAGAGAAAGAAACAAACACAAUGUCAGCUUUUCGAAAUCAUUGUCCACAUUUGGAUUCAGUUGGUGAAAUAACAAAAGAAGAUUUAAUACAAAAAUCUCAUGGUACUUGUCAGGAUUGUAAAGUCAGGGGACCAAAUCUUUGGGCAUGCCUAGAGAAUAGAUGUUCUUAUGUUGGCUGUGGUGAAUCACAAGUGGAUCACAGCACCAUACAUUCUCAGGAGACAAAGCAUUAUCUAACUGUGAACCUUACCACACUUCGAGUAUGGUGUUAUGCUUGCAGCAAAGAAGUAUUUUUGGAUAGGAAAUUAGGAACUCAGCCUUCAUUGCCUCAUGUGCGACAGCUUCACCAAACACAAGAAAACAGUGUUCAGGAUUUUAAAAUACCAAGUAAUGCAGCAUUAAAAACUCCUAUGGUUGCUGUAUUUGAUGACUUGGACAUAGAAGUGGAAGAAGAAGAUGAACUUAAGGCAAGAGGUCUUACAGGUUUAAAAAAUAUCGGGAAUACUUGUUAUAUGAAUGCAGCUUUGCAGGCUCUUUCCAAUUGCCCACCUUUGACCCAGUUUUUUCUUGAUUGUGGAGGACUGGCUCGAACAGAUAAGAAACCUGCCAUUUGCAAAAGUUAUCUCAAGCUGAUGACAGAGCUGUGGCAUAAGAGCAGACCAGGAUCUGUUGUGCCUACUAAUCUGUUUCAAGGAAUCAAAACUGUAAAUCCUACUUUUCGUGGUUAUUCUCAGCAGGAUGCUCAAGAAUUCCUUCGAUGUUUAAUGGAUCUACUGCAUGAAGAAUUGAAAGAGCAGGUCAUGGAAGUAGAGGAAGAUUGUCAAACAAUAAGCACCGAGGAGAUUAUGGAAGAAGACAAGAGCCAGUCUGAUGUAGAUUUUCAGUCGUGUGAAUCAUGUAGUAGCAGUGAUAAAGCAGAAAAUGAAAGUGGCUCUAAAAACUUCAGUGAAGACAAUAAUGAAACAACAAUGUUAAUUCAGGAUGAUGAUAACAAUUCAGAAAUGGCAAAAGAUUGGCAAAAAGAGAAGAUUUGCAAUAAGAUUAAUAGAGUAAAUUCUGAAGGAGAAUUAGAGAAAGAUAGAGAUUCUGUGUCUGAAACAAGUGAUUUGAACAGCCAAGAAACUGUCAAAGUUCAAAUACACAGCAGAACUUCAGAAUAUAUUACUGAUGUCCAUUUGAAUGACCUGUCUACACCACAGAUCCUUCCAUCAAAUGAAGGUGUUAACCCACGUUUAUCUGCAAGCCCUCCCAAAUCAGGAAGUUUGUGGCCAGGAUUGGCACCCCCGCACAAAAAAGCUCCACCUGCAUCUCCAAAAAGGAAAAAACAGCAUAAGAAAUAUCGAAGUGUUAUUUCAGACAUAUUUGAUGGAACGAUAAUUAGUUCAGUGCAAUGUCUGACUUGUGACAGGGUGUCUGUAACCCUCGAGACCUUUCAAGAUCUGUCCUUGCCAAUUCCUGGCAAGGAAGACCUUGCUAAGCUGCAUUCAUCAAGUCAUCCAACUUCUAUAGUCAAAGCAGGGUCAUGUGGAGAAGCAUAUGCUCCCCAGGGGUGGAUUGCCUUUUUCAUGGAGUAUAUGAAGAGCUGGUUUUGGGGUCCAAUAGUUACCUUGCAAGAUUGUCUUGCUGCCUUCUUCGCCAGAGAUGAAUUAAAAGGCGAUAAUAUGUACAGUUGUGAAAAAUGCAAAAAGCUGAGGAAUGGAGUAAAGUUUUGUAAAGUACAAAAGUUUCCUGAGAUUUUAUGCAUACACCUUAAAAGAUUCAGACAUGAGCUAAUGUUUUCUACUAAGAUCAGUACUCAUGUUUCAUUUCCACUGGAAGGCCUGGAUCUUCAACCAUUUCUUGCUAAAGACAGUCCGACUCAAAUUGUCACUUACGACCUUCUGUCAGUCAUUUGUCACCACGGAACUGCAAGUAGUGGACACUAUAUUGCUUACUGUCGAAACAAUUUAAAUAAUCUUUGGUAUGAAUUUGAUGAUCAAAGUGUCACUGAAGUUUCUGAGUCUACAGUACAAAAUGCAGAGGCUUAUGUUCUUUUCUACAGGAAGAGCAGUGAAGAGGCACAGAAAGAGAGACGAAGGAUAUCCAAUUUGUUGAACAUAAUGGAACCGAGUCUACUUCAAUUUUACAUUUCUCGACAGUGGCUAAAUAAAUUUAAGACUUUUGCUGAACCUGGUCCUAUUUCAAACAAUGAUUUUCUCUGUAUUCAUGGAGGUGUUCCUCCACGAAAAGCUAGUUACAUUGAAGACCUGGUUUUGAUGCUGCCUCAGAAUAUUUGGGAUAACCUAUAUAGCAGGUAUGGAGGAGGACCAGCUGUCAACCAUCUGUAUAUUUGUCAUACCUGCCAAAUUGAGGCAGAGAAAAUUGAAAAAAGAAGAAAAACUGAAUUGGAAAUUUUUAUUCGGCUCAACAGAGCAUUUCAGGAAGAGGACUCCCCGGUGACUUUUUAUUGCAUCAGUAUGCAGUGGUUUAGAGAAUGGGAAAGUUUUGUGAAGGGUAAAGAUGGAGAUCCUCCAGGUCCUAUUGACAACACUAAAAUUGCAGUGACUAAAUGUGGCAAUGUGAUGCUCAGGCAAGGAGCAGAUUCUGGUCAAAUUUCUGAAGAAACAUGGAAUUUUCUACAGUCAAUAUAUGGCGGAGGGCCUGAAGUUAUUCUGCGACCACCAGUUGUUCAUGUUGACCCUGAUAUACUACAAGCCGAAGAGAAGAUUGAAGUAGAAACCCGGUCUUUGUAAUUUCCAGGUUGUAGAGAGUUCUGAUGAGAAAACAUUUUCACUUCUCAUGGCAUACAUAUGCAAAAACAUUCCAAAAAGCAUGUUUUUUUUUAAAUUUUUUAUUUAAUCUUUUCUCAUUUCUUCUUACUGGGCAUUAUGAAAGAAUGUGUUAAAAUGUAUAAUAUAUUACAGGUUGAUAUAUUUAAUGUUAAAUAACUUAUAAAAUCUUUCAGUGUGGGAGUCGGGUGGUAGUGCAGGUGGGUUAAGUGCACGUGGCACAAAGCGUAAGGACCUGUGUAAGGAUCCGGGUUUAAGCCCCCGGCUCCCCACCUGCAGGGGAGUCACUUCACAGGUGGUGAAGCAGGUCUGCAGGUGUCUGUCUUUCUCUCCCCCUCUCUGUCUUCCCCUCCUCUCUCCAUUUCUCUCCAUCCUAUCCAACAACGAUGACGACAUCAGUAACAACAACAAUAAAAUAACAAGGACAACAAAAGGGAAUAAAUAAAUAAAUAUUAAAAAUAUUUUAAAAAUCAGUGUAAUAUUUUUGAAAGGGAAGGGAUAAUUGUGACCAUUUGGUAAUCAGUAGGUUAUCUUUGAUCUUUAUAUUACAUGCAAAUCCAUAAUAUUCUUUGUAGUAUUGUAAACACUUUUGUUUUGAAAACUUUCAUUACCCUAAGCUACCAUUACUGAACAGUCUUUCCACUUCUCUAAAAUCCUAAUUUAAUUGUAUAGUUUUGACAUGGCUUCAAAUAAUAAAGAGCCUGUUUUAACUUGAGAAGUAGUCAGAGAAAUGUUAAUUUCCUAAAGCUCAGGAAAAGUUAGGAUGUCACUUCUUUUGCACUGCAGUAUAUAAACUAGCACAUUAAUAUUUACUGAAUGUCUUUUUCGAAUGUAUCAAGGGUGUAUUUAGUUUGAGUGGAAUUACGUCAGCAAAUAUUAGUAAUUUAUUGCCUCUUACCCGGUAAAAUGUUAACCUUCAGUUCUGUAAUCCUGGAUAGCAUUCUUUAAUAUUAAUAAAUUCCUUAGAGUUAGUUUCUAGAUACUUUUUGAGAGCAUGAAGUAUGGAAUGUGUCAAUGAGUUGUUGGUAAAAAGUGAAGUCCCUUGCCAACAAUUUUUUUAAUGAGAUGCAUAAAAUCCUUUUGAAUAAUACAGUAUGCACUUCUGUUUGCUUGAUUAUGUGAUGUCAAAGUUUAACUAUAUUCAAAAUACAAAACAAACUAGAUUACUUUGAGGAUGUUGAAUAGCAUUCAUGAUGGCUUUGUUUUGGUUUGGUACAACUGCCACCAGCUAAAAUGGUUUUGCUAAUAACUCAAUAAAAACAAUUUUAAAAACAUGUAACUUGGAUGUUGAAUUUGAUAUUAACUAUGCGAGUCUAAAAUGUGUUAGAGUCUUCCUGUUAUUUCCUAAUCUUAUGUAUGCAAAAGAAGUCAUUUGGGCUGCUAGGGAGGUGACUCAGUGGGUAGAGUGAGUGAAUGCUAUGUGCUUGCCGCUGCAUAUGGUCAAGCACGAGUCUUGUCUUUCCCUCUCUUUCCAAGUGAAUAAAUAAAUUCUUUAAAAGUCA